AUGUCAGAAGGAAUGCCCGAGUGGGGUGGUGAGGCUCCGUAUGAUGAGCACCGGGGGGAGUUUGUCCUCGUGCUGUGGCUGCAUAUGGACGGGCAGGCUGUUGCUGGGGCUGACGUGGUGCGGGCUUGUUCUGUGGGUAAUCCCGAGGGUCUGUGCUCGCUGGUGGAGUUUGCUGGUGUGGGAUUGGGUGGAGAUGAGGUGAAGUUGUUAGUGCGUGAUAUGGAGGGUGUUGAGGAGGAGGAGGAGGCAGAGCUGGAAAUAGUUAUGGUUCGCGAGACAGAGUAUUACGACCUGCUGGGGAUAGCGCCCGGCGCAGACGCGUCGGUCAUCCGAAAAGCUUACUUUGUGAAGGCGCGCCUGGUUCACCCUGACAAGAACCGGGACGACCCGAAAGCAGCGGCCAAGUUCCAGGCGCUGGGGGAGGCGUACCAGGUGCUCAGCGACCCUGUACAGCGCGAACGAUACGAUGCUGCUGGCAAGGCUGGUAUCUCCACGGAAGCGAUGGUGGAUCCAGCAGCGGUGUUCGGGAUGCUGUUCGGCAGCGAGGCCUUUGAGGAUUACGUGGGGCAGCUCGCCAUGGCCACCUUUGCGUCCAUUGCCUUCGACUCCGCUGCUGCCGCCGCUGCUGUUGGUGGUGGUGCUCCUGAGGGGGGGAUCGCAGGGGGGCUGCUCCCCGGGGAGGUUCAGCAGAGGCUCAAGGUAUGGGGAGGUGGAAGUGCAUCGGCAGAUCUGACGAUGCAUCUGUUCCAGCUGAAGCUGCUUCCUCUGGAGCUUCACCUUCAUCAUGAGGUGCCUCAGAUGAAGGGCGGCCCACAGCCAGCAUGUGGUAGAGAGCUGCUGGGGAAGCUGCAAGUCGCCCAGGACCAGCGCGUGGGGGAGCUGCUGGAAAAGCUGCGUGCACGGCUGCACCUGUGGGGGUUGGGCGGGAGGGGCAAGGAGGAGUUUGUGCGGUGGGCACAUGAAGAGGCUGACAAGCUUGCUCAUGCCGCCUUUGGAGAGCACAUGCUGGCGAGUAUAGGCUACGUGUACGAGCGCACAGCAGCCAAGGAGCAGGGCAAGAAUCCGAUGUACCUGGGGGUGCCGUUUGUGGGCGAGUGGCUGCGGGAGCGAGGGCGCCUGCUGCACACCCACGCCUCUGCUGUCGUUGGUGAGUGGGGCGGUGCUGCUGGGUGCAGUGCGGUGACGCUAGGUGCCAGGUUGCGUGAUGCGGUGCCACUGGGUGGUGUCCGGCACAGCAGGACAUGUGCAAGGCAGUACAGGAGCAAGAGCUGGGGGCUCCAAUCCAACAACAAGUCACCUCUUCCUCCUUCCACCAGGCGUGGUGGAGUGGAGCUGUGUGAAGCCCAGCAGGACAUGCGCAAGGCAGUGCUACGCCAACAACAAGAACAAGCAAGAGCUGGGGGCUCCAAUCCAACAACAAGUCACCUCUUCUCUUCUCUACUAUGCCAUCCUUAUCACCGUUCAUCCGUCACCCUACCCGUCCCCUUCCCCCUUCCACCAUGCGUGGUGGAGCUGUGUCAAGCACAGCAGGACAUGUGCAAGGCGGUACAGGAGCAGGAGCUGGGGGGGGCGGCACUACCAGGGUACCUAGAGAGCCGCCAGCAGUCACUGCGGGGGUCGCUGUGGAGUCGCUGGGAGGGCUUGCUGCCCCAACUUCUGGUUACCUCGGCUCUGCUACACUCUCCCUCCCCUCAUCCAAACCCCCACCUCCCCUCCUUUCCCACCCUAUAUCCCCACCUUUGUUCACCAGGCGUGGUGGAGCUGUGUCAGGCGCAGCAGGACAUGCGAAAAGCAGUGCAGGAGCAGGAGCUGGGGGGGGCGGCACUAGCAGGGUACCUAGAGAGCCGCCAGCAGUCGCUGCUGGGGUCGCUGUGGAAGCUUAACGUGGUGGACAUAGAAGCCACCUUGUUCAGCAUGCUAGCCUGCCAGCAGCAGUCCCAGCAGUCAACGCGGUCCUCCCAGCAGCCCCAGCAGUCGCUGCUGGGGUCGCUGUGGAAGCUCAAUGUGGUGGAUAUAGAAGCCACCUUGGGGAUGGAUUGUCAUAAGUUUCGUGCGCUCUCUCAUCCCAGCAUUCCUCCCAGCAGUCGCACCUCGCUGUGGAAGCUCAACGUGGUGGACAUCGAGGCCACCUUGGGGGUACUGACAGAGGAGUGCGAAUCAAAGACUGUGUUGGAAGGGCGGGCGCAUGCUCUCAAGAAGCUAGGCGCCAUAUUCCAGACCUACCCAAUCCCAUUCCCCUGGCCCUGUGCCAGAGGGCACAGAGAGCUUUGCCUGCUGGCCCCCCACAUCCCCAUCCCCAUCCCUACCCUGAUUCUUUCUCUCCCCCUUGUCACCCCUCUCCCCUCCCCCCUGUCCCCCCCUGCUCCACAGAUCUACCCAAUACCAGCACCCUGGGCUAGAGGCUUUGCCGGCCGCCCCCCGCCUUCCCUGUUCAACCCUUAUGCGCCCUGGCCGCCAGGGGGGGCCAUGCAGGGCUCGCACAAGGCUUUUUAUUCUGAGGAGACAGCUCAGGAGCAGGAGCACCAGUACCAGCAGCACAGGGAGAAGCAGAGAGCAGCGGAGGAGCAGUGGCAGAAGGAACAGGACGAGCUAGCACAGCGACAGCAGCAGGAGAGACGAGAGCGGAAAGAGCGGGAAGAGCAAAGAGAGCAACAGGCGCGGCAGGAGAAGCAGCGACAGCAGGAGCAGGAGCAGGAGCAGGAGCAGAAGAGGAGGCAGAAGCAGGAGCAGCAGCAGUGGGGAGAGCAGCAGGCACGGGCCAGUGCCACGCCAGCAGAGAGUGCAGCUGGACCUUCGUCCACAGCAGCUGGAGCAGCAGGAGGAGCAGGAAGAGCAGCAGGAGGAGCAGGAAGAGCAGGAGGAGCAACCUCAGAAGGAGCAGCAGAAUCAUCAUCAUCAUCAGCAGCAGCAGCAGCAGCCGCCUUGGAUCCUCUAUCAGCAUUCGUCAUCCCUCAGGCAGCCCCUUCAGAAUCAGAGCCUUCGCCUCCACUCACUCCUCCUCCACCUCCCCCUCUCAACACUACUUCUGCUGCUUCUGCUGCUUCUGCCUCUGGUGCUUCAGCUGCAACUACCUCUCUCUCUGACGGUCCUCCCCUCCUUUCCCCAUCUCCAUCGCCGUCCCCAACGACUCCUUCUCGUGCUGCUCGCACACGCGCUCCUCCUCCUCCUCGUGCUUCAAGCGCUGCUCACCCCAACUUCAUGGCAAUGUCUGUCGCUGAGAUCAAACGGUACAUUCGCAGUCAUAACGGCGACACGACAGGACUAGUGGCGCGAUCGGACCUAAUAGCGUAUGCCAAGACCCUCUCAGAACCGAUGUGA